AUCUGUGAGCUGGCGAGCGGGUCUGUCAUCGUUUCCCGCUUACAUAAGGCCUUUGUGCAAAUGUAUUACCUAAUGCAUAACCAUCUCGAGCCGACGCGCCUCAACUCACUGUCCACUCGUGUCAAAUCCCACUGCCCCACUAGACCUUUAAAGACGAAAAAAAAAAAUCUUGCUUCAGAUUGGACUGUCCCAUUCUUUCUCCUCGAUCCUUUUGCUCACACAGCUGAGUCUCCCUUCAGCUCCCACGGUUCAAUCGCACAUUAUCGCUAUGCCAGAGUUGUGCGAUGGGCGUCUUGAUGAACUCCUGAAAGAAGCGGCUAGUCGCCUCGCGACGAAGCAGCCGCCACGGCCCAAGGAUUGCACCUUGAUUGCCAUGAAGGCCACGCCUGCCAAUCCAACUCUGGAUUCAAAGGUGCAAGCCAAGGCACAAGACUCAAAGAGCAUUAUGCUUCGCGAUCCUAGGCCAGCGGAGAAGAAGACUGUCAAAGAUAGUGCUGGUCCGGGCUGGUUUGGCAUUCCAAAGACAGAUCCUAACGAUCCCGAUCUGAAGCGAGACCUUCAGAUUCUUCACAUGAGAGGAACCGCCAUCGAUUCUAAGCGACAUUACAAGAAGGAAUCCCUCAAGGCCAAGGUACCACGCUACGCUCAUGUUGGACGCAUUGUCGAGGGCCCAACCGAGUUCUACAGCGCUCGCUUGACACGCAAGGAGAGAAAGCAGACCCUGGUAGACGAGUUAUUGAGCGCAGAAAAGGCGUCGGGCAAAUUCAGAUCCAAAUAUGAGGCGAUCCAGACCAAGAAGGCGAGCGGCAAAAAAGCCUUUUACAAGAAACUGGUUGAGCGCCGCCGGCGCAGCCGCCAGUAGCCAGAAACACGUUCUGCUGUGGCUGGAGAUGUUUCUUUUAAACUCGUGAUACCCGAAGUCGCUAGCUGAUAGCUGCGCAAAAUAAAUCAAAUAUCAAACAUGAGCUAUUGUCCCGAGUCGCAGGUGUCAGGAGCUCAAGACGCGAAUGAUACAGAUAUUUAGUACGGAGUAAUAUAGUAUUGAAUCCAAUCACCAUAAUGAACUAUUAUGAGAACGCAACCAAGCGCUUUAUCUGAAUCACCCAACGAAGC